AUGAGCGACGACUUAUCGUUGCAAGGACGCUGCAGAUCGCUGCGCUUGGCUUACCAUGCAGAGCGCGGUUCCAGGGCCUGGCUCAAGAUGUCCCGGCUUCUGAUCCUGCCAUGGCUUGGGAUCCUCGUUGAGGCCGGAUGUACCUCCGAACUCCUCCGUGCUGAAGGUGGGAGUUACUACCGCCUGAUCGAGGGAGAGGAGAAGAUCACUUGCUCCGAGCUCACGGAUGGCAAGUGUCCUGUGGCGGUACCUGCCCUGGGCUACCCCUGUUUGGUGAGCUGCGUGGAGUCAGUGGCGUCCUGUGCUUCGGUGAACCCACAGACUCCCGGGGUGAACAAAUGGAAAGAUCCAGAACUCUGUACCUCCUGUGAUGUGACAGCUUGCAAGUUCUGCGACUAUCCUCAUGAAGAUGGUCCAGCUCGUUGCAAUGUGUGCUUUGAAGGCUUCGAACUGGUUCAACAUGCGGAUGGAACUCAGGAAUGCGUCGUUUGGGGACAGGGUGCCAUCAUUUUGGUGGCCUACGUCCUGAUGUUUAUCAUUGUCGCUUUGAUCAUGUUGAUCUUGCUGGGCACAUGCUAUGUGGCAGCACGAGAGAGCAUGAAGAAAAUGAUGCAUGCUGGAACCACCGCAAACCUAGAAGCCUCUCUACUUAAGGCAUCCUAUUCCGAAAAGUCGGAGGCAACUAUGGGAGAACAGACGCAAUCUCCGCAGGACAAAAAACAUAAUGAGAAAGCCAUCUCGCAAGGAUUUAUGACGAGCCUUCAGGCCUCCAUCAAGUUUGAGUCCCUGCGCCGUGCAGGGGGUCGAGGAGAGAGGGGCGUGCGCAGGUUGGUGAAGGCCACCAUGGAUAACGAGCAUGAGGACCUGGGCAUUGGCCUGCAGCUGUUCUACAACACGCAGCUCUUCCUCAUCGCCUUUAGCUUGCUGGGCCUGGCCACUGCGUACCUUUUCCUUCGUGUACUGUCACCAGGCCCGUCGUUGAUGCAGCUGGUGAAGGAAACCGUGCUCUGUCCCAGCUCAGCAGAGGAACUGAGGCAAAUUGAAGCGACAAUCGUGCAAAGAGAACAUGAUCGCGCAAAGAUGGGGCAGUUCAUGGGAGUGGCUUUCUGGUUUGCUUCUGUACUGCUUUCCUUGGGUUUUCACUACUAUCAGAAGAACUUCCAGAAACAGUACGAUUCAAGUCACCAGACGGCCGAUGACUACACCUUGAUGCUGGAAGGGGUUCCUGCGGAAUGCACCUCUGAAAGGCGGUUGCAUCGUUAUAUCGAGAAAGAAUUGAACAUGGAGGGGCGCAUCUAUGGUGUGUGUAUUAUGUACGACCUGAUGCAUUUGAGCCACGAAAACCAAGAAAAACUCGAAGAAAUGUUGGAACACAUCAUCGAGCUGGACGAUGUGAAGAACGGCUGGGUGAAGAGCGACUUCUCCAUGACCCUGAAGGCUUUGGAAGAGGAUGUAGAGAAGGACAAAGAGGAAUUCAAAGAAAUUCUCAAGACAAUGAAGUGCUGUGGUCGCGUCUACAUCGUCUUCCACACACAGGUCUCCAUGGUUCGGGUCCUACGCGAACGUCGUGGACUUCGAAAGCAGAUCUUGUUCCCCCAGUACGCCUCCGUGGAUGGUGACGAAGGCGGGGAAAUUGAUAUGGCGUCCCUUGGGAACCGCGGGGACCAGCCUGAUGGGAUUAGAUAUGAGAAGGCGGAGAUGACCGAAGCGGAGCGCAGGAAGACGUAUCUGAUUUUGCCAGCGAGGCAGUUUGUUUAUAUCUUGAUCUACAUCGUGGUGGCGCAGCUCUUCUACAUGUUCAUGCAGAAGCCCUGGGACAACUGCGCCCUAGAAGCCUCCGCCGGAGCAGCGGGCGUUCAACUGGCUGCGAAAGGCGUUCUGUUGGUGAACUUCGCCAUUCAGACCGCCGUGGCUUUUGAUGUGGAGGGCAGCUGCUUUCUCAGAAUUGCGAAAGUGGAUCAGAUGACCUUCAUAUUCAACACACUGCUCAUGGCGAUAACUUUGGGUUAUGCUGUUAUGCAGGAGUGCAACAAGAAUGGUUUGAGAUCUGUGUUCCUGCCUCCAGAGGAGGAGCUGUCGCCCGAGUGGUGGCAGUGGCGGCGCGGCUUGGUUCAUUCCGCCGCGGCCGAGGUCAACAGCUACGAGGCCUUAGUGUCGGUUUUCACCGAGCAGACGAUCAUGCUGUACGUCUUGGGUGAAGUCGGAAACGUCAUCGGGUCUCCGCACUGA